AUGUCGUCUUCACCACCACAUGGCAGUAGUAAUAACCAUGAUUUUGAUUCCACAAACUACAAUGGAGACUCCUUAGAUCGAAACUCUGAUUCCAUAUCCCAAAGUCAGCAUCAACAAUACAACCAACAACAACAGCUGCAACAACCACCUGCAGUCCCUUCAUCACCGCUAUUCUUCAAUUCUUCUUCACAGCCAAAUUCAGAAAUUGGAAAUUCACAAAUACAUAGGAGAAAUGAUGUAUCAUCACCGUUGCACUACUCCUCGUCGGUGCAUCAUACCUCAGAUAUGGGAAACUUUAGCUCUCAGCGUACUAGUCGUGUUCAUGAUGUUGACAGAAUCAUGAGAAGACAUCAAAGAAGUGAUUUAAAUGACGGUGCUUCAUCUCCUCUGCGUAGGACUUUUACGCAAAGAUCCACACAACCAAGUCUAUUAUCAACAUCAUCAGUCAUGAAUACAGAUUCAAUGGAACCCGACGAGCCUGUGAGAGUCAUUUGGGGUACCAAUGUCUCGAUUCAAGAGUGCUCAAAUCUCUUUAAAGAGUUCUUGUUAACGUAUAAGUACAAGUACAGAAAGGAAAUGGACGGUAAGGACAUCGAGCCAGAAGACCACGAGUUUUAUUACCAAGCAAAAUUGAGAACCAUUAGAGAUUUGGGGUUGACCAAUCUCAAUUUGGAUGCUAAAAACUUGCUUAGUUACCCUCCAACCAGAAAGCUUUAUCAUCAAUUGAUCAAUUACCCACAAGAAAUUAUUCCAAUUAUGGAUCACACUAUCAAGGAUUGCUUAAUUCAAAUAAUCAAUGAUGAUACUGAAGGUGAAUCAGGAGGGCUAGGUACUGGAACCGGUACUGGAGCUGGAGCUGGAACCGGAGCUGGGGCUGGAGAUGGUGUUGGGGCAGCCUCUGUUGCUGCAACAGCAGCAGCUAGUCUUGAUCAAAUUGAAAGCAAUAUCUACACCAUUCGUCCUUACAACAUUAAUAUGGUUGAGAAGGGAAUGAGAGAGUUGAAUCCAAACGAUAUCGACAAAUUGGUGAGUGUUAAAGGGUUGACGUUACGUUCUACAUCUAUAAUCCCAGAUAUGAAAGUUGCAUUCUUCAAAUGUAAUGCUUGUGGCCACACUGUGGGUGUGGAAAUUGAUCGUGGUGUUAUCUCCGAACCAACAAAGUGUCCAAGAGAAGUCUGUGGUCAGACAAACUCCAUGGUGUUAAUACACAAUAGAUCGUCAUUUGCCGAUAAGCAAGUUAUAAAAUUACAAGAAACACCAGAUUUGGUACCGGAUGGUCAAACUCCACAUUCGAUCAAUUUGUGUGUUUAUGAUGAAUUGGUGGAUACUACUCGUGCAGGUGAUCGUGUCGAAGUAUGCGGUAUUUUUAGAUCACUUCCGGUAAGAGUGAAUUCAAGACAACGUGCAUUGAAGAGUUUGUACAAGACAUACUUGGAUGUGGUACAUAUUAAAAAGAUUGACAAAAAGCGUCUUGGUGCCGAUAUUACAACUUUGGAGAAUGAGUUAACAGAGAAAGAUCAAGAAGUCGAACAGACGAGAAUGAUUACCCCUGAGGAAGUUGCCAAAAUCAAAGAAGUUUCUCAAAGAGAUGACUUAUAUGAGGUUUUAGCCAGAUCAUUAGCUCCCUCAAUUUAUGAGAUGGAUGAUGUUAAAAAGGGUAUCUUGUUGCAAUUAUUUGGUGGUACAAACAAGACAUUUAAGAAAGGUGGUAGGUAUAGAGGUGAUAUCAAUGUCUUGCUUUGUGGUGAUCCGUCAACGUCGAAAUCGCAGAUAUUGCAGUAUGUGCACAAGAUAGCACCAAGGGGUGUUUACACCUCGGGUAAAGGUUCCUCGGCAGUUGGUUUGACUGCAUACAUAACAAGAGAUAUUGAUACCAAGCAAUUGGUUUUGGAAAGUGGUGCCUUGGUGUUAUCAGAUGGUGGUGUUUGUUGUAUUGAUGAGUUUGACAAGAUGAGUGAUUCUACUAGAUCCGUGUUGCAUGAAGUUAUGGAACAACAGACUAUUUCUAUUGCAAAAGCAGGUAUCAUUACCACUUUGAAUGCACGAACUUCCAUAUUGGCAUCUGCAAAUCCGGUAAACUCUCGUUAUGACCCUGAUUUGCCAGUGACCGCCAACAUAGACUUGCCACCUCCAUUGUUAUCGAGAUUUGAUUUAGUAUACUUGAUAUUGGAUAAGGUUGACGAGAAGAUAGAUAGACAAUUGGCUAGACAUUUGACCGAUAUGUACUUGGAGGACAGACCCGACCGAGUCACCAACAAUUUUGUGUUGCCCGUUGAAUUGUUGACUCUUUAUAUUCAAUAUGCAAAGGAAAAUUUCAACCCGGUGAUGUCAGAGGAAGGUAAGAAUGAAUUAGUUCGUGCAUAUGUGGAGAUGAGGAAGCUUGGAGAAGAUGCCAGAUUCUCCGAAAAAAGAAUUACUGCAACUACAAGGCAAUUAGAAUCUAUGAUCAGAUUAAGUGAAGCCCACGCCAAGAUGAGACUAUCACCAACUGUCGAAUUAAUUGACGUUAAAGAGGCAGUGAGGUUGAUCAAGUCAGCAAUCAAGGAUUAUGCGACCGAUCCGGUAACUGGAAGAAUUGAUAUGGAUAUGGUUCAAACAGGUACAACAUCACAACAACGAAGGAUUAAAGAGGAUUUGGUCAAGGAGAUUAUGAAGAUUAUUGAAGAAAAUAAUAACUUGAUCAGAUUCAAUGACUUGAGUUUAAAGAUAAAUGAACGAAGUUCUUUUCGGAUUGAGAAUAAUGAUAUCAAUGAUGCUCUAAAGCGAUUGGUGCAAGAAGGUAAAAUUGUCGAAACUGGAGACCACCACAGACGUACUAUUAGGAAAAUAGCCCUCAUUUAG